AUGGAUGGCAACGAUGCAAUGAAGUUGAUACUGCCCAUUGCGGGUUUCGCUGUGGGCGUUUCAUUGCUACUCUACUUCUGGCCCAGGCCGCCCAAAGUCUUCUUGACUCGCGAGCGAAAGCGAGCACAGGUGGCUGAUGUCUACGAGCUCUCGCAUGACACGAAGCGGAUUAGAUUAUCCUUGGGCUCACCCACAACCACCUUAGGCCUCCCAGUGGGCAAACAUCUGGCCAUUUACGCGCUGAAUCCUGCCAAGUGCAUAUCAUCGGGCCUGUGGAAUGGCAAGCCGGACCCUGACAAGGGCAAAGAGGAGAUCGAGCGAAAGUAUACUCCCGUGACCGGCAACGAGCAGCCAGGCUACGUAGAUUUAGUGAUCAAGAUCUACAAGCCGGGGAAGGUCACGAUGCCGGACGGCAAGGAAACUCACUGGGAGGACGGCGGAAAGAUGGGCUUGUUCUUGGAUAGCAAACAGCCAGGGGACUGGAUAGACGUCAUAGGCCCUCUGGGUGUGAAUGAAUAUUUGGGCCGUGGCAUCUUCAAGAAACCUGGGAGCACAAUCACCGUGAAGCACGUGGGGAUGAUGGCUGGUGGCACAGGCAUCACUCCCAUGUUGCAGGUGGUGCAGGCUGCCCUAAGGGAUAGCAAUGACAGCUGCAAUUUCUACAUGAUUUAUGCCAACAAGACAGAGGAUGACAUUCUCUGUAGAGAAAUGCUAGAUGACCUUGCAAAGACAAGUCAAGGACGAUUUAAACUUCACUACACCUUGGACUUCCCACCUUCCAAUUGGAACCAGAAGAAGGGCUUCAUCACCGCAGAAAUGAUCAAGGAAUGCUUGCCGCCACCAUCUUCAGAGACCUUGAUUUUGAUGUGCGGCCCGCCACCCAUGGUGGACUUUGCCUGCAAAAAGAACCUGCAGGAGCUGGGAUAUCCGAAGGAUAGGAUGGUGUCAUUUUAA